AUGUUCUCUUCAAAUAUUGCCUAUUCUUCCUUCUUCUUGUCAACCAUUUCUCUGACAUUAUUGAUUUAUCAAUCGAGAGCUCAAUUGAAUUCUACAUUUUAUGAUACCACAUGCCCCAAUGCGUCGAGCAUCGUUCGCGGUGUUAUCCAGCAGGCUUUGCAAUCAGAUGUUCGGAAUGGUGCCAGCCUUCUUCGUCUGCAUUUUCAUGAUUGCUUUGUCAAUGGAUGUGAUGGUUCAAUCUUGUUAGACAACAGCGCCAACAUAAAGAGCGAGAAAGAUGCUGGUCCAAAUACUAACUCCACUCGAGGCUUCAACGUUGUUGAUAACAUCAAAACUGCUCUUGAAAACUCUUGUCCUGGCAUCGUCUCUUGUGCUGACAUUCUAGCCCUUGCUGCUGAAGCUUCUGUUUCUUUGCAAGGAGGUCCUUCAUGGAAAGUACUACUAGGAAGAAGAGACAGUUUGACAGCAAACCAAGCCGGAGCUAAUUCCUCCAUUCCCUCACCAUUCGAAAGCUUAAGCAACAUCACUUCCAAGUUCAAUGCAGUCGGGCUAAAUACUAAUGAUCUCGUCGCAUUAUCUGGUGCACAUACUUUUGGACGUGCACAGUGCAGAAUUAUCAGCAGCAGGCUGUACAAUUUCAGCGGAACAGGCAACCCUGACCCAACACUCAAUUCAUCAUACUUGACUACCCUCCAACAAACCUGUCCUCAAUCCGGAAGCGGAUUCAAUGUUGCAAAUCUUGAUCCUACGACUCCUAACAUUUUUGACAAUAACUAUUUUUCCAACCUUCAAAACAAUCAGGGCCUUCUCCCGUCAGACCAAGAGUUGUUUUCAACAACUGGGGCUCCCACUAUCUCCAUUGUCAACACCUUCAGCAGUAACCAAACUGCCUUCUUUCAAAGCUUUGUUCAGUCAAUGAUAAAUAUGGGGAAUAUCAGCCCAUUAACAGGAAGCAACGGAGAGAUCAGAUCAGAUUGUAAGAAGGUUAAUGGAAGUUAA